CGGUAAAGGCGAAUCGAAGACAAAAGCGAGGUAAAACGAAAACGAAACGAAAACGAAAAACACCGUUUAGGUUCAGCCCUGCGCAUACCUGAACCGCGAGGAUGUCAAGGCGGCGCUCCACGCUCAGAACGCUACGUGGCAGUGCGCAGACGAGGUGGGGCCAGUGGCCCAAGCACUGGCCCCCGACUUUACGAAGCCCUCCGCCCCUGUGAUUGCUGCGCUGCUGGAGGCCGGCAAGGAGGUCAUGCUGUACAACGGCGUGCGCGACGGCUCGGUCUGCAACCACAUUGGAAAUCUGAAGGCGCUGCUGAGCCUCGAAUGGUCUGGCAAUGUCGACUUCGCCGCAGCACCGAGCAAGCCCUGGCCGUCGGCAGAGCACGUCAUGGGGCACGUCCGGUCGGCGCGGAACCUGCGGUUCGCCACCGUGAUGCGCACGGGGCAUCUGGUCCCAACCGUCGUCCCCGAAUCGUACGCGCAGCUUCUGGACAUGGUGCUGUCGGCCCCGCCCGCGGUGCCGGCCAGCAGAGAUGGCCUGGUCGUCUGACGCCGCGCGGCGGUGCGGGCGGGCGCGCCGAGGAGGGGCGCCAAGGAGGGGUGUCCGGGUCACCCGCGGGGCUGCCCGUGCGCGGGCACGGGCGCCCGCGGGCGCGCCCAACGGCGUCUUGCCGGAGUGAAAACAGCGCCCCCCUCCCUUUUGUCUUCACACCCCAUGCAGGUCGCCCCCCUUUACCACCCGCCCGAGUGCGGUCGGCCCC